AUGGACUGGAUCAGCCAAGUGGACGUGACGUCCGCUAUUCAAAAAAUCGAAGAUUUUAAUCUUACAUCUGUAUCUGAGUCAGUUCUAGGUGCUGGAUCAUCAAUCAUAAUUAGUGGACUUAAAUCAACAGGAUUGCCAUCUUCAAUACUUACAGGGAUUUGUAUAAUCGGAAUAUCUUUGAUAAUCAUUGUCUUUGCUUCUUUAUCUACUGUUUCAAAACCAUAUGUUGCUCUGGAUGGUUAUUUAGCUAAAAAAUCUUGUGCCGAUAUCUAUGAUCCUACUGAUGUGGAUGAGAAUAAGUAUGUGAUUACCAAUCAAUCACAAUUGGAUAUGUUGCUCGAUAUAGAAUUGGCUAAGAUGAAUGAAGCUUCAUGGCUUCAUGUUGUUUUUGUACCUAUUACAGGAAGUAUAACUCUCUUAGGACUUCAAUAUCUCCUCAAACAUUAUGAUCAUGAUACCAUCAACUAUUAUUUGGCAAAAUAUGUAUUUAUAAUGGCUCCUGUUGUAAGUUAUGGUAGUUUGAAUCAAAUAUUGAUUAUUAUACUCAGAUAUGUAACACAUUGGAAGUUAAUUGGGAAAUCUACGGCUUUAUUAUUGACAAGAUAUAGAAUUUGUCUAGUUAAGGAUACAAAUAAUUAUCCAUUAGGAUACCUUGAAGAUCUUGUUGUACCAGAUAAUACAGAUGUUGAUGAUUACUUUUAUCGUGAGAAAUUAUCUGUUUUGGUGCCAUCUUCGAUAUUAGUUCGUACUCCAGGCCCUAAAAAUAAGUCUGGAUUUAGAAGUACCGCCUCCACCAACAAGAAUUGGAUUUUUGAUCUUCGUAUACUUGUAGUUUUGCCAUUGACAGUGGCUACUACGUGGUUAUUUUAUAAGUUUCAAAACAAUUGGAUCAUCAGUAAUGUUAUUGCUGGGUUGUUUGCUGUUUAUGGACUCAAAUCUUUAUCAGUAGUCCUUGGUUCGAGAUUCACUCAUGUCGUCGUAUUAUUAUCAUUGUUAUUUAUUUAUGACGUAUAUUUUGUAUUUUAUUCAACAGCCAUGGUCACAGUUGCAACUUCUAUAUCAAUUCCAAUAAAGAUUCUUAUACCUAGUUUUGAAGAUGGAGUUGAGAGAUUUUCCAUCUUGGGGUUAGGAGAUAUAGUUGUUCCAGGGAUUUUAAUUACGCUUGCUCUUCGUUUUGAUGUAUUUAAUCAUUAUGAAGCUACUAAUGAUUCUUUCCAUCAUUUACGUCCGAUUGCCAGACCUUAUUUCUAUGUAACUUUAGUUUGUUAUGUACUUGGAUUGGUGAUUACUUUGGGUGUUUUACUGAUCUUUAAAACUGGUCAACCUGCCUUGCUUUAUAUUGUUCCAAGUGUUUUAGGUGGACUUUUUGGAUUGGCUUAUUGGAAAGGUGACAUUGAAAAAGUGUUAGCCUUUAAGGAUGCUAUAGAGCCCUUUAAGAUUGACAAGAAGGGUGCUGAAGAAAAGGGUGUUGAACAAGAUGAAGAAGACGAAGAAGAAGACGAAGAUUUUGAAAUUGAUAGUGAAGAGGAAGAGGAAGAAUACGAAUUUGAUAAUUGGAUUGAUAACGUAGAGUAUAAAAGAUACAUGCAAGAAGAUUAUGAUAGUGCUGAUCAAACUGAAUUAGAUGAGUAUAAACUGAGGGUAGUUAGUUAUGUCGGAAUGAAUACUGAUGAUUAUGAUGAAUGGGAUGACAGUGAGGCUGACGAUACAUUUGUUAUCGGUGAUGAAGAUGAAGAAGAGGAAGAUGAUGACGACGAUGAUGAUGAUGAUGAUGAUGACGAAGCCGAAAACGAAGAAGAUACUACAGCAAAUUAUAGUGAUCAUGCAGAUUCCGUGUUUGAAGAAUUAGAGCUCAUUAGAGAAGAUAUUAGGAGAUCACCAAAAGAGUGGUAUCAAUAG